AAAAUAUUAAAUAAAUUUAAUUUCAAAAUACAUAUAUUAAUUGAUUUCUUUAAAAAGUAAUUAUCAAGGAUUUAAUUGUUUAAAAAACAGGAAAGGUCAAUAAUAGUUCAUUUUGUGAGCAACUCUAAAAGGUACUUUAUGCCAUGGCGUUGUUGGCGUAGGCCACAGCUGACCUCUGUAGAAACAAACAAUCGUAUCGAUGAUCAAACUAAUUUGCGAUUUGACAGGUAUAUGGAUGGCAUGAAAUACUAUUCCAAAAAAAAAAACUUUACUGAUCACAAAUUGUGUAAUUUAAAGUUUUAGAUUACCAAUGAAAAUGACCACAAUAGACAACUUGACAGCAGUGCUACACAAAAAAGGAGAUAUGCGAUUGGAACAGCGUCCAAUUCCAGUGCCUAAAGAUAACGAAGUGCUAGUAAGAAUAGAAUCUGUUGGAAUUUGUGGAACAGAUGUGCAUUUAUUAGCACAUGGAAGUGUUGCAGGCUUUAUAGUUGAAAAGCCAACAGUGGUUGGUCACGAAGCAAGUGGUAUCGUUGAUAAAAUUGGUAAAAAUGUUAAGAAUUUAAAACCAGGUGAUCGCGUUGCAAUUGAACCCGGUGUACCUUGCCGGACGUGCACAUUCUGUAAAACUGGCAAAUACAAUAUUUGUCCGGAUUUAAAGUUAUGCUCGAUACCACCCACGAAUGGAAAUUUAACCAGAUACUACACACACGCAGCUGAUUUUUGUCACAAAAUACCCGAUAAUGUAUCAUUAGAUGAAGCUGCCGUUUUGGAGCCUUUGUCGGUUGCAGUUCACGCAUGUCGCCGAGGUAACAUCCAGGUUGGCGACAUCGUACUGAUUUUGGGUGCUGGGCCCAUUGGGUUAGUUACUUUAUUAGCGGCAAAAGCUAUGGGUGCUUUAAACAUUGUAGUCGUUGACAUAAUUGACAAAAAAUUGGAGAAAGCGAAAGAAUUGGGUGCAACUCACAUAAUUAAUAGCAAAAUCAAUACAAAUGUGAAACGUCAUCUUCUAGAAUUGUUAAAUGAUUUACCAAAUAAGACAAUGGACUGUGUUGGAGCAGAAGCAACAAUUCGUUUAGGUAUUGAAGUGACGCGUCCUGGUGGCAGUCUAGUUGGUAUUGGUUUAGCAGCAGAUGAAGUUAAAAUUCCAAUAGCGUAUGCUUUCUCACGUGAAAUUAAUAUAAUUGGAGUUUUUGCUUAUUGUCAUGAUUAUCCAAUAGCACUUGAAUUGGUUGCAAGUGGUAAUGUUAAUGUAAAACCUUUAAUAACACAUCACUACAACUUGGAAGAAACUUUAGAAGCAUUUGAAACUGCUCGUACUGGACGAGGAAAUGCAAUCAAAGUUCUGAUACAUCCAAAAUAAUAUUUAAAGAAAAGUUAAAAUACUAAUAAUGGUUAUCUGUGCCGCUAAAUCGAAAAAAAUAGACCGAAAAAUUUAUAGACUCUAGACUACAGAGUGUAUUGUUGUAAUUGCGAGUUGAUUGGGUUGAGUUUGUCGAUUAAAGAGGAGAUGGUUGGGUUCUGAAAUUUUUAUUCCUUGCGUUCAAAAAUGAGAUACUAUAUAUUACAGAAAUUUUUUUCGUUCUAUUUUUUCCGGGUCAGUUUUUUUUUCGGUCUAUGUUUUCCUAAAUCCGUUUGUGCCACAUAAGAAGCCAGAUAAUAAAAUAAAAGAACU